GUGACUCAUGACUCAACGCUUCUAUAUCAAACGCGUAGCCACUGUCACAUUUCAAAACUCGUGGUUGGAGUUUUGAAUGGACUGCUGGGAAUACACGACUUAUCUGUAAGGAAAAAGGGAAGGACUUUAUUUUCUGGACUCACCACGCUUGUUUAAAUUAUUUUCACUUGUGUGUGAGAAGUGAGCAGGCCUUGGACAGGAUUUUUGUUUUUGGCGAAUCGGACUGCUCUUCGUAGAAUUUCAGGAUCUCGGUGGUGCUGGCCUCCCUAGCCAAUCAAACGCGGAAAUGGCCGCUGCAGCUACCUACAGAAAAUCGUGCACCAUGUCAACCACGCUCUUCCAACCUCGCACGAAUCCAACCCGCUCAUGAUGCUACUAUGGUAGCCCCGACGCGAAUCCUACGCGCGUCAUGGUCUUCCACGCUUCGCUUGCCGAAAUCGAGCUUUCCGCCGCGUCCACUGCCUGCGACAUCCGCCGAGUAUCUGCGCCGCUGCACCGAUGACCUGUACUCAUGGCAACGGAGCUCACGUUCGAAGCCUGGUCCUGACGGAAACAUCCCCGAUACAUUCGUACUGCACGAUGGACCGCCUUACGCAAACGGACCGCUUCAUAUCGGUCAUGCGCUGAACAAGAUCACAAAGGACAUUAUCUGUAGAUUCCAGGUCAGCAAAGGCAAGAAAGUGAGCUACAUCCCUGGAUGGGACUGCCAUGGCUUGCCCAUCGAAAUCAAGGCACUACAGGCGCAGCAGAAGGAUCUCGCGGAUACAGACCCUGUGAGCGUACGCAAAGCUGCACGACAAUUGGCUACCGAUACGAUUGAAUUGCAAAAGGAAGGCUUCAAAGGAUGGGCAGUAAUGGGUGAUUGGGACAAUGCCUAUCAGACCAUGGAAAGGGGGUUUGAAAUUCGACAACUGGAAGUGUUCAAGAAGAUGUUUGAGAAAGGCCUAAUCUAUCGACAAUUUAAACCUGUCUAUUGGUCGCCGUCUUCGAGAACGGCUCUGGCGGAGGCUGAGCUGGAAUAUGAUGAGAAUCACAAAAGCUUGGCGGCAUAUAUUACAUAUCCGGUUCAAUUGGCAGAGGAGCUGCGCUCUGGCCCGCUAAGCAGUAUUCAAGAGCCACUCAACGUCAUCAUCUGGACUACGACCCCCUGGACUUUGCCUGCUAAUAAGGCUAUCGCAGUGCAUAAUGAUAUGGAAUACUGUGUGAUACGCUAUAACACAAAUAGUCCUGAGGCUACUAUAAUCGCGGCUUCCCGGGUUGAUGAGUUCCAGAAGAUGCUAACGGAGCCUGUGGAAGUUAUCUUGUCUGGAUUACGUGGCUCUGAUCUAGCCGGGAAACUCUCUUAUGAGAAUCCGUUCCGAAAAGCGGACGGCCUCCAGAAAAUUAUCCAUGCCGACUUCGUAACAGACUCUUCGGGAACAGGGCUCGUUCAUAUGGCACCAGGACACGGCAUGGAUGAUUAUCAAGUAUGCUUGACCUUGGGCAUCGAAGCAUUCGCGCCCGUGGACGACGCAGGAACUUUUACCAAAGACGCUUUUCCGGAUCAGCCGGAACUUCUCGAGGGCCUUCCAGUUACCGACAUCAAGAAAUCCGGAAGCAAUGCCGUUUUGAAAUAUCUUAAAACCCUGGACCUUGUGCGUGCAAAACACAAUUAUCGCCACAAGUACCCCAUCGAUUGGAGGACUAAGCAACCAGUCAUCACACGAGCCACUGCCCAAUGGUUCGCCAACGCCGAAAAUAUCAAAAAAGAUGCCAUGAAGGCUAUGGAACACGUGAAAUUUCUCCCUGAGACUGGCCGCCCACGCCUGGAGAGCUUUAUUCAAGGCCGCAGCCAAUGGUGCAUCUCACGUCAACGUGCCUGGGGUGUGCCCAUCCCAGCAGUAUACAAGGUCUUGGAAGAUGGCCAACUUGAAGCAGUUAUGGACUCCCAGACUAUCGAACACAUUAUGGAUGUUAUCAAGGAACGAGGUAUCGACGCAUGGUGGACGGAUGCACCAGACGACAGGGCGUGGACACCGAAGCAUCUAAACGGUAACUACGUCCGUGGAAAAGAUACUAUGGACGUAUGGUUUGAUAGUGGGACAAGCUGGACGUUGCUUCCACCUAAGCAAGAUGAGCCCGUUGCCGACGUAUAUCUCGAAGGAACCGAUCAGCAUCGAGGAUGGUUCCAGUCGUCGCUUCUAACCUAUGUCUCCACGCUAUCUUCUGAUAACCACCAAAUCAAGGCUCCAUACAAGACCCUUAUCACCCACGGUUUCACUCUUGAUUCUGAGGGUCGCAAAAUGAGCAAGAGUCUUGGAAAUGUAGUCGCACCCUCACAGAUCAUGUCGGGCGAAUUACUUCCACCCGUAAAACGAAAGAAACAGAAAGGUGUGAAAACGGAGCAGCCCAAGAACGCCAGCCCAACAUACGAUGGUAUGGGAGCGGAUGCAUUGCGACUCUGGGCUGCAAGCAGCGAUUAUACACGAGAUGUCGCAGUGGGCCAGCCGAUUUUGAUGACUGUCAAUCAAGCUUUGCACAAAUAUCGCGUUACAUUCAAGUGGCUCCUUGGCGUAUUGUCACUCCCUUCGUGCCCGCCUGUCUUCGGAUCUUUGAAUGGAUUACGCGAGGAUAUUGCCGGUAUUCGAGACCAGAAGGCGGACGUAUCGAGCUUUAGCAAACAAGCAGAAAGACUUGCUUUCAACCGAUUGUCGCAGGUCAGCCAUGAAGUGCAUCAGCACUAUGAAAAAUAUGAGUUCCAUAAAGGACUCAGUGUAAUCAACAACUACAUUGCUAACGACCUCUCCGCCUUCUACUUCGAAACGCUCAAGGAUCGCAUUUACACCGGCCACAAGGCAGAUUGUCAAGAACUACAGAAAAUGCUUGGCCUCAUCUUUUACGAGCUCCUACACAUGAUCGGGCCCGUUUGCCCGCUUCUCGUGGAGGAAGUGUGGGAUCACACACCCCAAGCUUUGAGGGAAGGCAGUACACACCCUAGCCGCACCAUAUGGACGCCUCUACCACGCCCUACACCAGAGGAGGCCAAAUCACUGGACGAGACGCAACACCUGGUCAACAAAUUAAACACGUGCAUCAAAGGCGCGCUAGAGCGUCUACGCCUAGAUAAGAAACUAGGCUCCUCCCUCGAAAGCGAGGUGGUACUCUUCCUCAACAAGGAGAAGCCCAGCCCCAUUCCUGGACCAGCGCUGACCCCCGCGCAACUUGACGAGUUUGCAAGCUUGUUCGUGGUCAGCGGCUUCAAGGCGAUUGAAUACGCCAAAACCCAAGGACAAGAUGAGACGGAAGCGAAAUCUAUACUGAAGGAUGCCUAUCAACAUUGGUACGCGGAAGAGCGGCUCCUUACUGGGACUGUCGACAACGGACAUUUUGUAGCUGUGCAUAAAGCUACUGCAGAGAAGUGUCCGAGAUGUUGGCGAUUUGCUAGGGAGGCAGAGAAAGAGCUGUGUGGGAGGUGCGAGGACGUUGUUAAAGAGGAAGGUUUGGAGCCGUCAGAAUAG